AUGUUGCUCGACAUACUCGACACCUUCGACGUCUCCAAAUUUCGCAUUCGCAAACAAGACCCAAACGAAUACUCGCCCGUCGUCGUCCGUCCUCGAUCCUCUACCGAAACCAAAAAACACUCACGCAAAACCCGCGACUCUAUACCACAGCGCGUCCUGCUCACGCUCGGCGAAGUGCCGAAAUGGUACGACAUCAACCCAUUUAUCCUGACGGGCUACCGGCAUCAAACGAAUUCGUUGCUGGGCUGUCUGGCCAGCUGGACAUAUGUGCACAAUGAGUCCGGGAACAUUUACUCGCAUCUGAUUCCGGCCGUUGCGGCGAUUUUCGGACAUCGGUUGCUGUACAAUUACUUGCGCGCCGAGUAUGCGAAUCUCAGGGAUAAGGAUUGGACGAUUAUUUCGUUGCAGUUGUGGGCUGCGCUGGCCUGUAUGUCGACAUCGACCAUGUACCACACGAUGAUCUGCCAUUCGCCAAAGGUGAAGCACAAUUGUCUCAUGUACGACUAUGUUGGGAUCAUUGCCGUCAUGCUAGGCAAUUUUAUAUCGGGCAUUUACUUUGGGUUCUACUGCGAGCCACGCCUGCGAUUGACAUAUUGGAUUCUCGUCACCACAAUGAGCCUCGCAACAGGUGUCGUCAUGCUGAACCGGCGCUUCCACGGCCCCAAAUGGCGUCGCUUUCGCAUGAACUGCUUCCUCCUGACGGGCUUCUUUGCGUCGGCGCCCAUGGUGCACGGCACGAUACGCUGGGGACGAGAAUUCGUGCGCAAAACGGGUGUUCGGUACUAUUUGCUCGAGGUACUGCUCAUUCUAGUCGGCUGCUUUUUCUACGAGCGCCGCCUACCCGAACGGCUCUUCCCAGGGAGGUUCGACAUUUGGUGGCAUUCGCAUACGAUAUGGCAUUUAUUCGUUGUUGGCGCGGUAGCCAUGCAUCUGGUAGGCACGUUGACCGCGUUUGAUUAUGAUUAUCACCAUCGGUCUGUUUGUUAUGCAUGA